CAUACCGGGCUGCACGAGCUGGGGUUCAUAAAGUUGCAGAUGCCGACAGAUGUGCCCGAAGACAGGCUCAGCAACGAGGAGAAGGGGACCACGUGUGACAGUAUGACUCUGUCCAGCACCCCGACUGUUCGCAGAGGAAGCACUCCUCUGCCAAUUAAGCACCAGCUCAGACGAGAAGAAGCUGUUCACGAUGACUGCGACUGGACAUCAGGUGCAGCAGGACCCUCUGCUUCACCGAUCAGCUUCAGCCCAGCCUUGGAUGACACUCUGACCGUGGCGGUGGAGGCCAGACCUGAUGGGCCUUUAAGGAUCGCCCUGCUGGGGCAAAACGGCGUGGGGAAGUCUUCCCUGGCCAUCGCCCUCGCCGGGGACAUGGACAGGACCGCGUCUGUGGAUUCUGAUGGGGAGGGUUACGUGCGCACAGUCACAGUUGAUGACGAGGAGAGCACCAUCAUUAUCUAUGACAACUGGAGACAGGACCUGUCGGCUCUGCAGUGUGAGGUGUGUGUGCUGGUGUUUUCUGUGACUGACAGGCGCAGUUUCCACCGCACUGCUCAACUCCGACUUCUCCUGAGAGAGACUCAGCCCCAAACUCCCAUCAUCCUUGUUGGUAAUAAGAGUGACCUUGUUCGCACACGUGAGGUCACCUCACAAGAGGCCAUGUCCAGCGCCGCCCUCUUCAACUGUCUGUAUCUGGAGAUCUCUGCCUCUCUGGAUCACCGUACCCCGGAGCUCCUGGAGUGUGCGGUGCGGCUAGCCAGGGGCCAGUCCCCGUGGCCCCCGGGGACCAAUGCAGAGGACUUGAGUGGAGGAGGCCAACGUGAAAGUAUCACCUCCCGUGCCAAACGUUUCCUGUCCAGCCUGGUGCCCCGGUACCCGCGAGAGCGAGAAGUGGGCAAGUUCCUGAGGCAGAAAUCCCGCUCGUGCCACGACCUGGGGGCGCUGUGAUCGGGCACUGCAGGGAGAUUGGAUGGUUAGAUUGUUGACAGAGAUAGCUGGAAGUAAUGUAGUAUACCAACAAAGAGAGCAAGAGGGAGUGAUGCAGCAAUUAGUGGACAGGAGAGAAGGAUGUGAGUGACGGAGGAGGUGUGAGUGCGAAGGUGCCGGAGUGAUGGCAGGACCGUGUUGUGAGUGAUCAGCAUGUGCAUCCAGCAGUGGCAAACAGGGAGAAUGACAACAAUGUUCGUGGUGAUGUUUAUCUAAAGUGUGUUACAGAAAUUUUGUACACAAGGCAAAACAACAAAGAAGAGGACAAGAUCAUAAUACAGUUGUAGAACACAUGUAAAUAAACUGUAGUAGUGAUAGCUAAC